AUGUCGACUCUUUUCGACUCAGAGGUACUCCAGAAGCUUGUUUCUCCCGAAGCUCAGCAUCUGCACCGCCUCCUCAAGGAGUUAUCUCGCAUCGGCGUGGGCAGCAUUGUCAGUUUGCCGCGAAUCGUUGUAUUCGGCAGCCAAAAAGCCGGCAAAUCAUCCGUUUUGGAAGCGAUUUCUCGCAUAAGAUUUCCUACCGAUUCUGGACUUUGCACGCGUUUUGCUACAGAGCUAGAGUUUAGAGAUGGUCCGCAGCUACGAAUUCAUGCCAGCGUGCAAUUCGCUGACGGCAGGCCCGCCAAGUCGCUCAGCUACAACGGCGUUCAGGAGAGCGAUUUACCUGAGAUGAUUCGACAAGCAAAAGAGGAGAUGGGGCUUGUUGGGCUUGACAAGAGUUUCUCGAAAGACGUACUCAGACUGAGCAUUGAACGGUCGGGAAUGUACCCGCUGCAAUUGGUCGAUCUCCCGGGCGUUUUCAAGACUACUUCUGGCGACCAAACCAAGGAAGAUAUCAAAACAGUCGACGAUCUGGUUCGCGGUUAUCUGGAGCAGCCCAAUAGCAUCAUCAUGCUGGUCACUGCAGCAGAGGGUGACUACCAUAACCAGUCGUUUCGGGAGCAGCUGGAGAAAUUUGGUGUUCCAAAAAGCCGCACCAUCGGAAUCAUCACCAAACCUGACAAGACAGAAUGCGACCAAUUGAAGUAUUUCACCUCUUUAGCUUUGAAUCAGCAAGGCGAUUCGAAACUUGACUUGGGCUGGCAUGUCAUGCGCAAUCGAGAUACAAAGAAUGACACAGACGAUUUUGACGGUCGUGACAGCAGGGAAGACAAAUUCUUCGCCGAAUCAGACUGGGCCAAGAUUCCACGUACAGAUCGAGGGGCCAAGGCGCUCCAGGCUAGGCUGAGCAAGAUUCAAUUUGAUCAAUUGCGUCGCAUCAUCCCAGAGAUCAUGCAAGAGAUGAGCGCCAAGCUCGCCCAGCGAGAGGAGGAACUCGAGAGACUGGGUACCGCGCGGCCGAACAUCGAGGAUAUGCGCAACUUUCUCACUAGAAAGGCAGACGCAUUCCAGCAGCUAGUCAAGGAGGCUGUAGAGGGUCGGUACAAUGAUGCCUUUUUCCGCCGCUUCCCGGAUCACUAUAACCUUCGUGCGCAGCUUCGCAUGUUUAGUUCGGCGUUUGAUUACGUGUUGCGGGAGAAGGGCGCGGAUCGAAUUAUUGUCGGAGACGAUGGAAACACGGCCGGCGGAUCUGAGCGACGAGAAUGGCUGGACGAAUUUCUCGAAGCGAACCCUUACCCCGUCUCUGACCCUGAGAAGUGCACUUACAAGGAUUUCGGCGAUGAGCUGAACAGGGAAGCAGCAAAGACCCGCGGCUUGGAGUUCCCCGGUACCACAAAUGACAAUCUCGCUCAUCGUUUGUUCCAAAAACAGUCUCGCAAGUGGGAGGCGAUGGCUCAACACCACAUUGACAUGGUCACGACCAGUGCUAGGCUCUUUGUUGAAAAAGCCAUGGAGUUUGUGGUCGGGCCGGCUGCCACCAAUCCCACCACAGAGGCCAUUCUGCGCAUUAUCGUGGACGAUUUUCUUGAAGAGCGUGAGCUCGUUCUCAAGGCCAAGCUGGAGGAGUUCAUACUUCCAUAUCGUGAGGCCUAUGCUUUGCCGGUGGACCGGGAGUUUGAGGUUCUAAAGAAGGCGAGGUCUGACGCGCGUCGGAACAAGCAGAUUCUAGAACAGCAGCGCCUCAUCUUGGCGGCCACCAACGGCAGUGAAAAGGACGACGAGGCUGCGCAGACUCCUUUUCGCGGAUCGCGCCCUAGCGAAGGCGAGUUUGCGCCGGGAGAUAUUCUCGACAAGAUGCAAACGUACUAUGAGUUGUCUCUCAGAACAUUCACCGACAACAUCAUCAAUCUUGCGGUGGAAAGCUGUCUGGUUCGGCGUAUUCAAUACAUUUUUACCCCGACAAGCGUUGGUGGAAUGAGCGAUGACCGAGUCAAAGAACUCGCGGCAGAGACCGAAGAUAUUCGGACUCGCAGUGAAGACUUGAUGAAAGAGCGAGAGAAGUUGAAGGAAUCGUUGAAGUAUUGUAAUCGAUACAAGCCCCUGACUUCGAUCUCUAAAACGAGCACCCUCACCACAGAGACACCAAAAACGACGAAUGCAGUGGCGCAAGAAACCACGCUGCUGAAAGAUUUGAAAAUAUUUGGUGCCAAGGAUACCGCAGGUGCUACAAGGUUCACGAAUUUUCCUCCAACACCGAAUUUUCCUCCAACACCGAAUUUUCCUCCAGCACCGAGUUGGUCGGGCUCGAGGCGCGAAGACGCGGGUAGCAAUGGCGUACCACAGCCAAGCAACUCGGUGCAAACUUCCGGAGAAACUACAAGCUCCUCGAAAAAAUUCAUAUUUUCCGGUCAGACACACACAAUUGGGAGACCAGAGCCAUGGAUGCCAGCAGCGGCGACACCGCGUAACGGCUUCGGCUCAAGCUCGUCCCCCUGGUUUGGCCAGGGAUCUUCUUAG